AUGUGGCUUGUUUUGCUUAUCAUGGCUUUCGCAGCCAUUUCCAGCACUUGUAUGCCUCCCUUCAACGACAUGCGGUACGCUGACAACGCAACCCUCCUCCAGGUCACUUUGGACCAGUACGAGGCCAAUCCCACCCUGGGCUGGGCGCACGUCUUUGAUGGUGAGAGUCCAUUAGAGCGCUGGCCAGCUAAUGAGAAUGGCAUCGUCAUCAUCAAUUACUGUUUCCUCAAUCAAAAUGUCAAAGAUAAGCUAGAGGGUUUCAUGGUAAAAGGUUGGGAGGCUUGGAGAUCGAAGCUCGGGAAUGCUGGCCCCGGCUACCACCAUCGUCUUGGUGGGUUCUCGGUGUACAACAAAGACGGGGUGACACCAUUCUGUUUCGAGACAAAUGGACGCUGGAACGAAAAGGUGCCUGUGGGAACAUUGGUGGUUGGACUCAUGCUGGAUCCACAGGAUUCUGGGGGCGAAGCUGUCAUGGGUCACAGGCCUUCCCAAUGGGAUGCCCGCCCCGAUCGUCACGUUCUGCGAAUAGGCAGCCCGGAAGGCUUGCCGUCUGACCUCCUCACAUGGGUAGCCAUUCACGAAAUGGGCCAUGUUCUAGGUCUUACCCACGAGCAUCAGCGGAAGGACCGUGACAAGUACGUUCAUUUCGAGUGCGCAAACCUCCUAGGCUACGCUGAAGCCAAAACACUUGCGGAAAGGUCAGGUCAGAUAUCUAUCACGAAGCUUUGUACAUCAGCAUUGUACGGUCGCUUCGAGCCAUGGAAAUCUCUCGCUUUCCGUGCGUACGACUAUGCCACCGAGGAGUUCUGGGAAAUGUCGCACAAGGACGAGAAUGGGAAGGAUGAUGGGUAUCAGCAUCACUACACUGUCACUGCUAGUGAGGAUUACGACGUCGGAUCCAUCAUGCACUACCCGAGUAUCUCUGGUUGGAAAGGGGGAGAAUGGAGCAUCAAAGCCGCGCCACUUGUCAAGUGGAAGAAUGGCGGCAAGGAUUUCACGCCGCCGAGUGAAGUCACAGAGGAGAAUGCAGAAUUAAUCUUUGCUGACAUGAAAAAUCUGGGGCCGAGCAGCAAAGACAUUGAGGUUCUGAAGAAGUUGUAUCCCUGGGAAGGUUGA